GUUUAAAUAGAAGUUGUUAGGGUAAUAUAAAAGUGUAUAUUAACUUUUGGAUAUAUCAGAUGUUGUUGGACAGGUUGUUUCUAUAGGAGAAAUGAAAACGUCGGAGAUCAACGACAAGCCAAAGAAGAGAAUAGAGGUUGAGCUACGUGAUGCUAGGUAAAAAACACUAAUUUAUAUUCCUUUCGUGUAUCUAUAAUAUUCUGAAACACUAAAUAUUGGUAACAUAUUUUGUCAGUGACGAGCGCUUAUCCUGCACCCUCUGGGGGAAGUUUGCUGAUAACACUUGGACAGCAUGUCAUUAUGCAAAUAAUGAAAUGGUGCACGGACAAUUUCAAAUGCAUACGACAUGUCGUUCAUGCUAAUCAACCCAGACUAUCCUGAUGUGCUUGAUUUUGUGGAGAAGCUGUCCAAAGAUGGUCUGAAACUUACUUUAUGUGAAAGAAGUUGUAAGUUUUUAAAGCAAAAGAAUGAGAAGGAUGAUUAUAUCAUCCAAUUCCCUCGAAGCACCAUCUCAGAUCUCCUCGAUGCAACAAUGGAAGGGAAGUUUAAGCUAUAUUGUACUAUCUACCACAUCGAUAUGGAGUUUGGGUGGUAUUACUUUACUUGUGCAAAGUGUAAAGGAACAUGUUUCUUGGUACCAAAAAAGGAGAACGAGGUCGUAAGCAAAACAAAAAAGCAGCUGUUUGAAUGUAAGAAUUGCAACCAGGAUGUGUCCAAGGUUUUCUGCAGGUUCUCAGAAAAACAUAUCAAAAGAGGAAUGGUAUAGAAGAGAAAGUUGCCGCCAGAUAAACUUUUUUUCGAAGGAGUAUCGUUUAUAAUAAACGAUACUGGACAUUGAUUUAAGAUCAUUUAGGAUUCUAAAUUCAUAAUUUAGUAUGGUUUUUUUAGUUUGGAAAUAACCUACUACUGGGUUAAAUUUCAAACUUUUUUCCAUACUAAAUUGAAAAAAAAUAAAGUCUUUUCGUUGUGAUUUAUACAUUUAAAUUACUUAAAUUUUUUCGAAA